GCAGAAAGGCAAUUCGUUAAUUAAUGGCGGGCUUGUGGGAUUCCACGCGCAGGCGACUCCAGUUGGCCUCCUGCCCUGCGCGCCACGAGCCUGGAGGGAACUCCGUCCAAAAGACGCUGGAAUGUCUGGAGUCUCCAGUCCCAGUUUCCUCGCGCGCGCGGCGAGGGAAUGAGGUCGACGGCGGAGAAAAGGGGCUGUUCACGGUCCCUCCAGAGGGAGGGGAAAAGGAGAAGGAGGGAGAGGGCUGGCGCUCCUCGGCGGCUCGCUUCGCCCGCCUCUUCCUCCCCUGGCCCAAGAGUUUGUUUUGGGUCUGCGGCGGCCGACUCGUGACUCUUGGCUUGGACCGCGAGGGAAAUGGAGGGCUACGGGCUGUUCCUGGCGUUGCUGGCCUCGGCGCUGCUGCUCGGCUUCCUCUCCGUCAUCUUCGCCCUGGUCUGGGUCCUCCACUACCGCGAAGGGCUGGCCUGGGACGGGGGCGCGGCCGAGUUCAACUGGCACCCGGUCCUCAUCCUGACGGGCUUCGUGUUCGUGCAAGGCAUCGCCAUUAUUGUGUACAGGUUACCAUGGACCUGGAAAUGCAGCAAAGUUCUGAUGAAAUUAAUCCAUGCUGGGUUAAAUACCAUUGCUCUGACACUUGCAAUUAUUUCACUGGUGGCUGUUUUUGAUUUCCAUAAUACUCAGAAGAUUCCUAACAUGUACAGUCUGCACAGCUGGAUUGGGUUGACUGCUGUCAUUCUUUAUUCUCUACAGCUUGUUCUAGGUUUUGUAAUCUUCCUGCUUCCCUUUGCUCCCAUUUCUCUUCGGGCAAUGCUUAUGCCAAUCCAUGCUUAUUCUGGCCUUCUCAUCUUUGGAACUGUGAUUGCAACUGCUCUCAUGGGAAUUACAGAAAAACUUUUUUUUGCCUUGAAAGCACCGGCUGCCUACAAAGAUUCCCCAGAAGAAGCAGUGUUUGUCAAUACCCUUGGCGUUCUGAUUGUGGUCUUUGGUGCUGUUAUUUUAUGGAUGGCAACAAGACCUUACUGGAAGCGGCCACCCGAACAGAAUUCCAAAACCCAACAAAAACUUGAAGGAACAUACGAUGGUAAUGAAGAGGGGUCAACUAUGACGGACUGCAAGAAUACAGAGAAUUCUGAUGUAGAGUUCAAUAAUGAGGCCAGAAAACGAAAUCUUAAGCUUGAUGAUGCUGGACAGAGAUCAACUAUGUAAAGACAGUGGGUUGGAUCUAAUCAGCUUUUCCUCUGUUGAAAAAAGGAGAAGAGUCCCCUUUGACCACCAAAACGGCAAUACUGAGGAUUAUGGGGCCUACAUGGACAAAAGCCAUGUGGGGUGAGGCAUGCAGUAAGAAAGGGCAUUGAGCAAGAUUGAGUGGGAAAAGCUGGCUGGAUCCAGCCCAGUGGAUACUAUAGCUGUACCGCUUACAUUACCAAAGAGCUCUCUCUUCAUGCCAUUCCAUAUAACUUUCAGAAUAAUUGAUAGGAGUUAGUGAGAACUGUGAUUCUAGAAGGACAUAUACUUAGCUAUAAUUCUUUGUAUUGCACUCUCUUAAUCCAGUAAAAGUGGGACUGAAAUUAGACGUGUCAGAUUUCCACUGACGCAAACUCUAUUGUCUUAAACUAGGUAUUAGCAGGCUUCUUUAGCGAAUAGCUCUACAAGGUGACGCUCCUUUCUCUGUGUCCCUCUCUUAUAAGAGAAUUUGUUUAAAUAUCUCUGAUGAUUGAUUUGAAGGAGUUUUGGACUGCCAAAACAGAUCUCUAGAAAUGCAGGGGUAUAAACCAGGGCUCAUUUUGAAGGGGAAUGCGCAGGAACGCAGUUCCCCAAAAGAGGUCACAUGUCAGGUGGCCCCACCAACCUGACUCUUGGCCAUUUUGGAUCCAUUUCGGCCUGGAUUGGGGCCAAAACUGCUCGGAUUGGGCCUCUGGCGGGUGGUGGAUCACUCUCCCACUCAGCAGUGGCCCAAUCCUGACCAUUUUGGGCUCGUUUUGGUCAUUUUCAGCCUCUUUUUGCCAUUUUGGGCCCAAUUUCGGCCCUGAAUGGCCAGGAUGGGGUCCAAAACAGCCAGGAUAGGUGAUGUCAGGGGGCGUGGCAUAUGCAAAGCAGUUAUGCUAAUGGAACACUUCCAGUGAUGUCAAGGGGUGUGGCAUAUGCUAAUGAGUUGUGCUAAUGAGUUCCUCCAGCUCUUUUUCUACUAAAUGACCCCUGGUAUAAACUAAUCGUUUUUGAAAAUUUAGAGUAACCCGUUGGCUUGGAUCCUGUAAACAUGUUCUAUGUGCACUCAAUAGUCUCUUCCGCAGAUCAUGCUUCCUCUUCUGCUAUAACUUCCAUUUGUGGAAAGGCCUAUUGAAAAUCACUGAUUUCACUCAAGUGGGCGUUUUAGUGGAAGAGGAGGCAUACUGUGCCACAGAGACUACCUAGCAUGCAUAAAACUUGAUCAUAGGAUCCAAGCCAGUAUCAAAUUUUCCAGAGUAACCAUUGCAUAAAGUUUUGCCAAAAUAUUUAAAAUCUCUUCCAAACUUGCUUUGUUCCAGUAUCGUAGAUACAAAUUCAAACCUCAACAGAGUCUCUCGGUAAUGGUAGCCGAGUUGGUCAUCCUGGAUACCUACAGUUCCUCCUAAGGAAUGACACAUUUUUUUAUGUUAGUUUGGUUUUUUUGAGAGACAAAGUUUUCUAGAGUGCCACCACUUUAAGCAAUCGUCCAAUAAUAUUUCUGCACAAUCUAAAUCUAUAGAGCCAACCUAUGUUUGAAUUAAAUGCUUUCUCGAUCAUUGUGAUUCCAAAGGAUCCAGAAAAUGUAAGGGGCAGUAUGCUUUCUCAAGGAUGACAUCUUUAAGUCAUAUUCAUUGGACAAUUAAAUAAUUCAUGGAUAAUAGCAUUUAAGUAGGUAAUGACAUCUCUUGAGAACUGCUUGAACAGAAACGGAAGCAGUCCACAAACCAGAGCUUGUACUACCACUGCAAAGAACCUCAUAAGUGAAAGCAUUUUGUCUUAAGCAGGUAUUGUCUCUACUCUAUAUCUUUUCUGAGAGCAAAGACCUCUUCAUAAUUACAUUUUUCCAUAUAUUAUUACUAAUAUUCCAGAAGGUGAAAUUAUGCUAUGACAAUAACAGUGUCAUUCUAAGCAGAGUUGGACUCUUCUAAAUCCAUUGCUUUCUAUGGGCAUGUAACAGCUUUGGAUGGUACUAUAAAUUGCUCCGCUGAAAUUGAUAUUAUUUUCAAUAUCUCAAAUAUUCACAGUUCUCUUUUCUCCCUCUCCUUGCACCAGACAAUGUGAAUCAAACUUUUCUUAAGAUAGAUGAGUAAACGGUAAUAGUGUCAUACUGCUGGUGGUUUAUUUUUAGAAACUUAGGAAUUCUGAAAGAAUCCUUAUCUGAAUGUGAAAAUCGUGAGAUGCACUCAUUCCUAGGUGUGAUCCGAUGUGCAUUUUGGUUCUGGCCACAUUGAUCACAAAUUUAUUUUCAGAGCAUGAUAUGGCACCAUUCUAUGUGCUUGCAUUUCCCCCAAUAAAAUUCCAGGUUUACUAUGUAGUUAGUUACUUAAAGAAAAUAGAAAAAUACUUUUGAGUGAGGCAUAUGGUACCCAAAUACAAUUAUUUGACCUACCACAUAAAAGAGAAACUACUGCUUAUACUACUAACAGCAAUUUGGAGAUGCAGUGUUAUAUAUAUUCUAUUAGAAAUUCUUUAAUCAAAAUGAACUAAAGUGCCUUUUAAUUAUCUGGCUUCUAUUUAUAGUAUCCAAGUUAAGAUCAUAUUUUUUAGGGGACUUCUUUUACAAAACCUGCAAUAUGAGAGCACAUUUUACUAUGAGGGCCAAGUCCUUCUGUCCUGGGCCCCAUCACUUCCACUGGUAAAACCACAGCAUUUGGAGUGAUCCUAGAGUGUUACUCCAAUGCAAUGAUGUCACUUCAUGACAUUAUUUUAAAACAUUGAAGUGGCUAUAGUAACAGGUUUAUACCAGUGGUUGCCUUGUUUAUAAGUUCAAGUAGUUGAAUGUACAAUAUUAUUCAUUAAAUGUAUCUGAUUGCAUAUAGUAUUGUAAAUAAGAAUAAGCACUGUAUGCAGUAACUAUAACCUGACUUUUUAUAGGAGGAUGUAUGUCACCCGAAAUUUUAUUACAAAAGAUUCCUUGUUUGAGUUUGAAAUCCAUUUGGAUGUUAUAACAUUUGUAGUGCUUAUUUUGCAGAGCAAAAAGGUACUUCUAUUUUUGUCAUAAUGUACUUUUUAAAUGUCGCAAUAAAAGAUGUUGAAGCAUGUAGAAAAUGUGGCAGGA